UCAGGGAGCUGAGGGGGGGUGGGCUGUUGGGACACUUCCACUUCCGGGUGACUUCCGUGCCCGUUGCUAUGGAAACGGCGUCGUGUACCCGGAGGGAGGAUCCCUGUGGUUAAGUGUAAAACCCCUGCUGCUUCCUGGGGGACAUUUGUGCUAAUGAUGGCGGCUCCUGCUCACUCAAAGGACAUGCUGACUCAAGUGACCCAACUCUGGAGUAUGCUGGAUGAGAUGGCAGAAAGCACCCCUGAGAGUUACCACAGAUUCAUGCAGCAGCAGCUGGAGGAUGCAAAGCAAUAUUGCACUCCUCCUGAACCACAUCUUUGCCUACAGACCCACAUACUGGAUCCUAAGGAAAAAUCAUUAUUCAUUAACCUCUGCAGGUGGAAAAGGGUCCCAGCUCCUAAGUCACCUACUGAUCCAAUACCUCUAAGUGCUGGCCCACUUGAGGAGGUGUCAGAUAAAGCAGAGACUUACUCCAUCAUAGAUAUUGCAUAUAAUCCGACUGUUCUUCAGCGAGAGAACCAAGCAGAAAUGGAUCACUUGAUCCGUCUGACAUUUAAAUACAUUGAGGAGCAUUACAACCUCUCUCUCUCCCACUCUUACCACAUUGCAACAUUCACACUCAAAGGAAGCCUGAAAAGGAUGAAACAGAGUCUGAGAGGAGGGCCACUACCAGCUCCACUUUUCAACAAGAACACGAGGAAUGAACUGACACUGGACCAGAUAAAGAACAACCUCAGAGAGGAGGACCGCAAUAAUGCUACACUGCUGCUGAACAAGGAUGUUACACAGUCUAAAGUGCAUCUGAUAGAAGAAAUUGCCAGUAUGGAGCUGCCACAGGAGCCAGUCACACCAACCUAUGAACUGACCAUUGCAAAGGAUGCAAACAGGAAACCUCUAAAGAUUGAACUGAAAGUAGAAAUGCCUAAAGUUAGUUCCAUUUCUGAAUGUGAACUGAGCCUUUCAAGGGAUGAUGUAAUCAUUGAAGUCCCUGAAAAAUACAGAUUACAGCUGGAUUUGCCAGAGUUGGUCGAUGAAGAAGCAACUACAGCAACAUUUAACAAAGGAAAAGGUGUGUUGCUUAUCAUAAUGCCAAUUCCCUAAAGAAAAUGUUAGGGACAACAGGUUCUCAAAAAAUUAGUGGGUAUGUGUCACUCUUAAAGAUUAAAAGGAAGGUUAAUGGUAAAGAUCUUAGUAAUAUAUAGAAAUCAGUAUCACUGUGUUAUUCUAAGUAUCUGUUCUGCUGUCUAUGCAUACACCAUUUCCUUUGAGAACGGGGGGUGAUGUAGUUUACAUAGAGAGGAAGUGUACUGUAUAUAGAGUAGGAAGGAAUUCUUAAUAAAAGUUGUAAGCAUUUAAGGGUUACUUAGAUCAUUUUAUCUCUAACGCAAUUCUACAUUAUAACCUUUACUACCCUGUUCAGUUUGUCCAUCAGUAGAGCAAUAAAGGGUGAUUAACUCUGAAGAAAUAGUGUUCCCCUUUCUGGUUUUACUCCGCUGAAGAAACUCUUAUCUGGUGUUAGCAAACUGUUUCUUUUUAAAUAGAGGGUUUAAUGCUGGUGAAAGAUGGUGACAUUGAUGAUGCUUGAUAUGUAACAGUGCAAGCUCUCCCACAGCCUGGCUUCUUUUUCAACUAGAUCUGCAGGGGUUACUUUUAAAAAGUGAGGUAAGCAGUCUCCAAGCCAAUUCACUACUCAGGGCACUACUAAGAGUUGGCCUUAACCCACCCAUGCAAUGGUGUUGCAAUCUCAGCAGAACUAGGCAACAUAACAGUAGUGCUCUAGCACUAGUCUGCCAAUUCAAAGACUGUUUACAUAAUGGAUAUUAAGGCUCAAGAACCCUGUGAACGACGGCAUCUACCAAAAGAGUUUCUCUACUAUAAACACUUCCCAAGUGCUAUAUGUCUGUGGUGCCAGCUGGCAUUCACGAAGAAAACAAGCCAAAGCAGAUGAGAUAACAUUACAAAUGAGUACUUCAGAGGUUGGAAAAGGUGGGUCAGGAGUCAAGUUGUCUUACAAAGGCAAUAAUGAUCGUAUUCUAUUCUAAUAUCAAAUU